AUGGAGAUUGAGGAAGAACCCUGCAGAAUGAGACACGACGCUACAAAGAAACAAACAGGUGCAGUGAAAGCGAUUAAAGACAAACGUAAUCGAUUCAAAAAACCUCUCGAUGCCACUGAAGAAAAUGCAAAUGAAGUCACUUCACAGACUGAGAAGACUCCCAGACCAACAACAGCUCAAAAAACUGAUGAUAAGAAGAAAUUUGCUUGUUCUCAGUGUGAAAAGAGCUACUCGCAUAAACCAGAUCUUACAAGACACAUGCGAUUCCACACCGGAGAAGAUCUGUUCACAUGCAGUCGAUGUGGGAAGGAUUUCACAGAUAAGGGAAAGCUGGACAUACACAUGAGACUUCACACCGGAGAAAGACCAUAUGCAUGCAAAAAGUGCGGGCAGACGUACAUACACCAAGGAGAUCUUACCAGACACAUGAGAGUUCACACUGGAGAAAAGCCGUAUUCGUGCGCUCAAUGUGGACACAACUUCAUUGACACGAAUGCCCUGAAAAGUCACAUGGUGAUUCACACCGGAGAAAAGCGCGUGUUCGCUUGCACUCAGUGCGAGAAGAGCUUCUCAUCUAAUAAACACCUCUCGAACCAUCAGCUCUAUCACACUGGAGUGAAGUCGUUCAGCUGUGAUCAGUGCGAUAAAACGUUUACCCUGCCGACGUACCUGCAACGACAUAAAAAAGUCCACGCUGCCAUAAAGCCGCACUUCUGCUUCUGCGGAAGAGGUUACACGUCAAUGCAAAAGCUAAAAGAGCACGAGCGUACGCACACUGGAGACAAACCUCACAUGUGUUUUGACUGCGGAAAGAGAUUCGUGACGUCGAGCAAUUUAAAAGCACACCAGAGGAUGCACGGCGACGACAAACCGUACUCGUGUUCACACUGUGAGAAGAGUUUCGCUUAUUCCGAAUCCCUGAAAGCUCAUGAGAUAUCUCACACUGGAGAAAAGCCGCACGAGUGCUCGCAUUGUAGGAAAAGCUUUGCUCAUUUGCCUAGUCUGAAGGCUCAUAUUAAGAAAAAGCGAUGCCCAAUGCUGCCCGAGUGA